AUGGAUGAUGAAGUGGGACCUGGCUCUGGAUGUCUGUGUAUCGCUAAACUUGACAAUAGUGAUGAGCUCAUUUUUGAUCGGGGCGGGGGGCUUCCAGGAUAUCCACCCACUAGAUUUGCUGCUGCUCAGAAAAAGGACUCUGGACCUCCACCUUUGGUUCUCUGGAGACUGCCCCGAGCAGACAUAAAAUGCCCGAGACCCUGUGUUCCUUCAGGCCCCAAGAGUUUCCCAGAGAACACGACAUACUUUGUUUCCUCUCUCAAUAAAAUUUCAAUGUUUCAAACAUAUGCAGAGGUUGCGAUGGUCUCACCGUCUAAGGGCAGCACCGAAGGUGGCACCAUAUUGACAAUACAUGGGCAGUUCUUCGAUCAGACUGAUCUCCCAGUGAGAGUGCUAGUUGGAGGCCAAGCCUGUGACAUUUUGAAUGUCACAGAAAAUACUAUAUACUGCAAGACUCCUCCCAAACCACAUGUCCUCAAAGCCACAUAUCCAGGUGGAAGAGGACUAAAGAUUGAGGUUUGGAAUAAUAGCCGGCCAGCACAUCUUGAAGAUAUACUUGAAUACAAUGAGCAAACCCCAGGGUACAUGGGUGCCAGUUGGACAGAUUCUGCUUCCUAUGUUUGGCCCAUAGAACAAGACACAUUUGUUGCACGCAUUAGUGGAUUUUUGGUGCCUCCAGAUUCUGAUGUUUAUAGGUUUUAUAUCAGAGGUGAUGACCGCUAUGCUAUUUAUUUCAGUCAAACUGGGCACCCAGAGGACAAGGUGAGGAUUGCAUAUUACUCUAGAAAUGCCAACACUUACUUUUCAAGUUCAACACAAAAAUCAGAUGAGAUUCAUCUUCAGAAGGGAAAAGAAUAUUACAUUGAGAUCUUGCUGCAAGAGUAUACAUUGAGUGCUUUUGUUGAUGUUGGACUGUACCAGUAUAAAAAUGUCUUUACUGAACAGCAGACAGGAGAUGCACUAAAUGAAGAACAAGUCAUCAAAUCUCAGUCAACAGUUAUCCCGGAAGUACAGAUUAUAACAUUGGAAAACUGGGAGACAGCUGAUGCGAUUAAGGAAGUCCAGCAUGUCACAGUAACCAGCCCAUGUGUGGGAGCAAACUCAUGUUCACUUUCCCAGUACAGAUUCAUCUACAACAUGGAAAAGACUGUCUGGCUGCCUGCUGAUGCUUCUGCCUUCAUGUUGCAAUCAGCUUUAAAUGACCUUUGGUCUAUAAAACCAGAUUCAGUUCAGGUGACCAGCAAGAGGGAUCUCCAGAGUUAUAUCUACACAAUAACCUUUGCAUCAACUAGAGGAGACUUUGAUCUGCUUGGUUAUGAAGUAUUUGAAGGGAGUAAUGUCACGCUGAAUAUCACAGAACACACCAAAGGAAAACCCAAUUUGGAGACGUUCACAUUAAACUGGGAUGGGAUUGCGUCUAAGCCUCUUACCCCAGAGUCAUCAGAAGCUGAAUUUCAGGAAGCUGUGGAAGAGAUGGUGAGCGCCAAGUGUCCACCAGAAAUAGCACAUCUGGAAGAAGGAUUUCUAGUGAAAUACUUCAGAGACUAUGAAACUGAUUUUGAACUGGAACAUAAUAAUAGAGGGCAGAAGACGGCCGAGACAGAUGCAUUCUGUGGCCGUUACUCCCUGAAAAACCCAGCUGUUCUUUUUGACUCAACAGAUGUCAAGCCAAACAAAUUACCAUAUGGAGACAUUUUAUUAUUUCCUUAUAAUCAGCUGUGUUUAGCAUACAAAGGAUCUCUGGCCAACUUCGUUGGUCUGAAGUUCAAGUAUGAAGACAGUGGCAAGAUCAUUAGAAGUGCUGAUAUGCAAUUUGAAUAUAACUUUGCUUCUGGAAAUAAGUAA